CCAAAAAAUGUCCCAAAACCAAACGCUGCCCUAAACAAAAUCGCCGUGACGCCCAUGCCGUCAAUACCGCCAAUCUAUAAAAUCUCCAAAUCUCAAUAUACGUUUGCGUGAUCAAUCGAUUCGAUCUAAAAUCUUCUCCGUGAAACCUACCUUUGCUGCAAUGGCCGGAAAUGCUAACCUUAAUUCGAGGUCCACGGUGUACCUGCAAGACGCCAAAGAGGUUGAGAGCGUGUUCAAGAAGUUCGAUGCGAACGGAGACGGUAAGAUCUCAUCGGAGGAGCUUUCGGGCGUCAUGAAGGACCUGGGAUCAUCCAUCUCUUCGGAGGAACUGAAACAGAUGAUGGAUGAUAUCGACACCGACAAGGACGGAUUUAUCAAUCUGCAGGAGUUCGCCGAUUUCUGCAAGGGAGAUGGAGACGGUGACGGAGGCUUAAAGGAUCUCCGCGAGGCCUUCGAUUUCUACGACGCAGACAAAGACGGCUUGAUCUCCGUCGCUGAGCUGAAAAGUAUCCUCAGCCGCCUGGGCAUGGGUUGUAGCGCCGAGGAUUGCUCCAAUAUGAUCAGAUCCGUGGAUUCCGACGAAGACGGCAGCGUUAACUUCGCGGAGUUCAAGCAGAUGAUGACGAACAAGCAGUAGCCGUCGAUACGACAGAUUGUUUGUCACGCGCAUUCGGGUUUUGGUGGGUGCGGACCUCCGUUAUCACUUCCGCGUUAGAAUAUUAGAGUAAUUAAUGGAGUACAAUAAUAAUAAGAAUAAUAAUGCUCCGUAUUUACUUAGUAUUUUAAUACCCUACUCUGAUUUUUAAUCCCAUGGAAACCACCUAUUUAUAGAGCAAUUUUCGAGGAAUAUUUACCUUAUUUAUUGAAAUAAUAGUUCCGAGUAUAGAAAAAAUUAACGAAAUAUAAAGAGCUCGUUUGGUAGCACGAAAAUCGGCUGUUUUUGGCUGAUUCUGCUGAUAUUUAUGAAGUUAUAGUCGAAGUGGUUGCAUUGGCUGAUUCGG